CCCCGGCUGGGCACAUAAAGCUAGCUAUAGAGAGAGCGUCCGCGUUCUAUAGCCACAAUAAUGGGCUCGCAGCAACCUGAUGGCAGCUGUGAUGGCCACCCAGAACCAGAGGCCAGGUGGUGCGCUGUGACCGGAGGCCGAGGGUUUAUGGCGAGGCACCUGGUGGCCGCGCUACUUCGCUCAGGAAAAUGGCGCGUGCGGGUCACUGACCUCGCCCCCGCCAUCGUGCUCGGCCCCGGCGAGGUGGAGGCACUCCUCUCCGAUGCCCUCCGCGACGGGCGCGCGGUCUAUGCCCGGGCUGAUAUCUGCAACGUAGACCAGCUUAUUGAAGCUUUUGAAGGGGUAGAUGUUGUUUUCCACACAGCUGCUGCAGAUCCUGCCAAGAACGAUUUGCAACUUCAUUAUAAGGUCAACGUAGAGGGAACAAAGAAUGUGAUUGAUGCUUGUAAGAUCUGCAAGGUGAAAAGGCUUAUAUACACCAGUUCUAGUGCUGUUGUAUUUGACGGAGUUCAUGGGCUUUUCAACGUAAAUGAAUCAAUGCCAUACCCAGAUAAGUUUCCUGAUGCAUAUGCACAAACCAAGGCUGAAGCAGAGAAGCUAGUCAUGGAGAACAACGGCAUAAGAGAACUUCUAACUUGCUGCAUUCGUCCUGCGUCCAUUUUUGGUCAUGGUGACAUCAUAAUGCCAACCAUGGACCGAUAUGGAAGAACACAAUUCAUUAUUGGUGAUGGAAAGAAUUGUGAUGAUUUUGUAUAUGUUGAAAAUGUGGUGCAUGCUCACCUCUGUGCUGAGAAGACUCUUUCUACUGAAGAGGGUGCAGAGACAAGUGGAGGGAAAGCAUACUUUGUGACUAAUAUGGAGCCAAUGAAUAUGUGGGACUUCAUAUAUAUGGUUUCUGAAGAACUUGGAUACAAAAGGCCAGUCAAAAUACGAAUACCUGCACUUGUUGUCAUGCCAGUAAGCUAUGUGAUAGAGUGGGGAUACAAGGUGCUGCGCCGCUAUGGGAUGCAUCAACCUCAAAUGUUAACACCGGCAAGAAUUAAAUAUGUGACACUUAAUAGAACAUUCAGUUGCAAGAAAGCUAUUGAAGAACUUGGCUACAAACCGAUUGUGACACUCAUGGAUGGUCUAAAGAAAGCAACCGAAUCGUAUAUUCUUUUGAGAGAUAAAUAUUCACCUUGAGAAGAAAAGGUUAUCAUGGUGGCAAUGUGUUUUUUGUUGGGAUCAAAGGUAACUCUUCAGAAAAUAUCACAAAUAAAGGUCAAAGGGAAUGAUGUAUCUAUGAAUAAAAUGCCAGUGUUUACAUUCUUAACUGUUAAGGCAAGCUUAAUUUGUAAUGGAUUGUGAUAAACUCUACUCCCUCCAUUGCAAA